CUGUGCGGCUCGCAGCUUGAGGAAAUAGUAAUGGCGACGAGUGAGGAGAAGGCGAAGGAGAAGGAAGGGAGCAACCUACUGGGCUCACCGACCUUCAAGGAGCUCGAAAAUGGUCGAUUCCAGUGCGUUGAGACAGGCCAUGAAGUGGUGGCCAAAGACAAGGAAAUUUACUCUCAGAGCAAGCGGUGCCGUUUGGGUCUGGUCGACUUUGCCCUUUCCCAUAAGAAACCUCCUCUCAACAUGUUCAAGCAAGACCCUCUUUCUCGUUCAAAGUUGGUGUGUAAGCUUACCGGGGAUACUAUCAAUAAGUCAGAGGAACACAUUUGGAAGCAUAUCAAUGGCAAACGGUUCCUCAACAAGCUAGAAGAAAAGGAAGAACAGAAGCUAAAGCCGGACGGAAUGGUAGAAAAGCUGGAUGAUCAGAACCCUGAAAUAGUACCUGAGCCGGACACAGAUGGUGUCAGAAAGAAAAAGAAGAAGAAGAAGACGAAGAAGAAGAAGAAGAAGGAAAAUGGAGCUGAUGAGACUAUCUCUGAAAUAAGGAAGUCUUCUGAUGAGGAAAGUGAUUUAGAAGAAACUGACUUUUGGAUGCCUCCAGUAGGAGAACGUUGGGACUUUGAUGAGGGAGGCGAUAGAUGGGGUUCCGGUUCAGAGUCAGAGAAUGAGGAUGACGAGAUUGAUGGAGAUGUUUCAGAUGGUGCAGUUGAAGAUGGUGAGGAGGAGUCAGAAGAGCUAUCCAUGCGGACAAAAAGAAUGUCCAUAGAAAUUGGACCAAGCAGCUUUGCUUCAAGGAAGAAGAAGAGUAAAAAGAGCACCACAUGAUAGGCCAAUCAAGUUGUCUUCAAUCUGCGAUAUUAGGGCAAGGCAAGAGAUUAAUUGUUUUGAGCAACUUGUUCUGAAUAGAGAAACAUGAAGAAAGAACUGCGAUAGAGAUACUGUCGUGAUAGAGUUGUAAUAAAUUGCUAUCGAUUUUUCAAGCUCGUUAAGGUGCAAUUUUGGAAUGUUGUUUUGGUAGGUCAAAAAUCUGUUUUUAGCUCGUGUAAAGGUUGUACUUUUACUCUUUAAGUUAAUAUAUCAAAACAUUAUUUCA